AAUACUCACAACUCGCUCCUCGCGAAACAUCAUCGCGCGGUACGUUGAUCCUGCGGUACACCAUACGCGUCUUCGUCCUCAUCCCCCCGUUCUGUCUCUUCCGCGUCUUCGUCUUUGUCUUCGUCGUCGUCUUCUUCUUCUUCGUUUGGUGGUGGUGGUGGUGGUGGUGCUCUCGAAUGCGUCGGUGACCAUGGCGGACGCAGAUCUCCGAGCUACCUCUAUACGCGAGGUGCGGGAGAAGAUCUCCGAGCUGUGCCCCAGCGUCGCCGAACGGGCGAAGAGAUCUUCGUGGGGAUUGAAGGCGUUGUUGCUGCUCCUUCACGUGGUAUUCGUGGGGACGGUGUUCGUCUUGGAUCCAACUUUGGUGCGGAGGACUCGCGAGGAGCCGUGGUAUACUGCAGCAUACUUGGUACUUCUUCUGGUUACGCUAGUUCAGUAUAUCCUCGCAUCUGGUUCAUCACCAGGGUAUGUCAUCGAUGCAAUGAGAGCUGGAAGUGAACUGCAUGCUACCUUUAUUAAUACAUCAAUGAUUUCAAAACAAUCCACUUCAAAAAAUGGAAGCUUGACUCCUAUCAGUCGUAAUCAGUUGGAAAGACUUAAUUCACGGACAAAUUCAUCAUCAUGGUUGCAGCAAGUGAUGAACCUGUACCCUCCUGGUUCAUCUAGCAGGGACUGGACUUGCCCUUACUGUAAUGUCAUUCAGCCUCCACGCUCUAAGCAUUGCCAUGACUGUGAUAAAUGCGUCCUUCAGUUUGAUCAUCACUGUGUUUGGCUCGGAACAUGCAUUGGCUUGAAGAAUCAUUGUCGAUUCUGGUGGUAUAUCUUUGAAGAAACAAUUCUGUCAGUAUGGACUGUUGUUCUGUACAUUUCCUUCUUGCGGUCAGAUAUCGACAAAGAGUGGUGGAAGGAUUUCCUUGGCAUAAUCCUGUUAGCAGCAUUGAUCUUUUGCCUCAUAUUUUUGCUUCUAUUGUUGCUUUUCCAUAGCUAUCUUGCUUUGACAAACCAAACUACCUACGAGCUCGCAAGAAGAAAACGCGUUCUCUACUUGAGGGGGGUCCCUGACAGGGUUUAUCCAUUUAGUAAGGGCAUUUGCAGAAACCUGUAUACGUUUUGCUGCUCGAGAGAGAAAUUCUACAUCCUCGAAGAGGUUCCCCCGAUGGAGGAACUACAAGCCAGGGCCCGACCCUACACUUGGAGAGAGAUUAUUUCCUGCCGGUGCUGUUGAUACAUGCCAGCUAGGCGUUCUUUGAAACUUCUUGUAAGUUCUUUGUUGUAUUUUUCUUUUCUUUUUUUCUUUUCUAUUUUGCUGUAACAUUUGUAUUUUUGUCACUAUAUAUGCCCUCUAUCAAAUAUCCGAUAGAAGUAUCUCUGCUGCCCUGGUAUCCUUUAUUUCUAUCCAGAUGUGCCAUGCUUAUGCUUGGUGGCUAUAUCUGCGUUCCUUGUUUUUGAUGGACAUGUUCCGUCCUUUAGUGUGCUCAAAGAUCUUGUAAGAUUACUAGAUUAGAACUUUUUGUUUUUUUC